UAGGCAUAGGUAAGAUUGUACAGAAUCUGCUUUGCUGCAUCAAAGAUCGGCAGAACUUUGGAAGGAUUAGCAUGUGGAUCUGUGGUGACAGAGAGGAGCUUACUGCUUUAAGGCUGAGAAAAUAAGACUGUGGGAGAAAAUGAUGGUGGUCCCAGUCCAUUUUCUGUCGGUGUAGAGACAAAAACAGCAUGGAAGCUGAGGAUCUCCAGAACUCCACAGUCCAUGGAAAUGCCUCAAAUGUCCAGGCUAUUACACGCAGUCUUUGGGAAGUCAUAACCAUAGCAACAAUGUCUGCCAUAGUGAGUCUGAUAACAAUAAUUGGAAACAUUCUUGUUGUGUUGUCUUUCAAAGUCAACAGCCAACUAAAGACAGUGAACAAUUAUUACUUGCUGAGCUUGGCUUUUGCAGACCUCAUUAUCGGCAUCUUCUCAAUGAAUCUAUACACAUCUUACAUACUGAUGGGAUACUGGGCUCUGGGGAGCUUGGCAUGUGACCUCUGGUUAGCUCUGGAUUAUGUGGCCAGCAAUGCAUCUGUAAUGAACUUGUUGGUCAUCAGUUUUGACAGGUAUUUCUCUAUUACUCGGCCACUCACGUACAGGUCAAAGCGUACACCAAGACGAGCUGGGUUCAUGAUUGGCCUGGCGUGGUUGGUGUCUCUGGUCCUAUGGGCCCCUCCAAUUUUAUGCUGGCAGUAUUUUGUCGGCAAAAGAACUGUCCCCCUCAGACAGUGCCAGAUCCAGUUCUUCUCUGAGCCAGUGAUUACAUUCGGCACAGCCAUCGCUGCUUUCUACAUUCCCAUUACCAUCAUGAUAAUCCUGUACUGCCGGAUUUACAGAGAGACAGAGAAGCGCACAAAGUACCUGGCGGAGCUGCAGGGAAAUGCUUCCUCAGCACAUCUACAGACCAUAAAGCCACAGAGAACCGGCAUUAGAUCCUGCUUCAGCUGCAAGCGGUCAUCCAGCACCAAUCUAGAGGGGAACCAGGCCUCCUGGUCCUCCUCAAACCCCGGUAUUGCUCCCAAUUCUACCCAAGAGUGGCUCAGAGCUGAGCAGAUGGCCACCUUCAACAGCUACCUAUCCUUAGAGGAGGAUGAGCGCCAGUCAUCUUCCGGAGCCUUCCAGGCAGGUCAGAUGAACACAGCCUCCGAGCAGGAUGAGAGGCAUGAGCUGGCCAGCCUCAAUGAAGGUCUCUACAUUGCCUCCCAUCCCAAGCGUGGCUUACGGCAAAACAAGAGGGGCAUCUCCUACAAGUUCAGGUUGGUCCCAAAGAACAGGAGCCCCCGUCAGGGCAGAAACAGGGAAGCCAAAAAGGUGCUGUCAUCUGGCUCUUCCGCAGAGUCCCUGGGUCACACCUCAUCCUCCUGUUCUUCUCAAGUUUCUGGUCCCAUCCUGAAGAGCCAGAACUGCAAACGGAAAAGGAUAGUUCUGAUCAAGGAGAAGAAGGCAGCACAGACUCUGAGUGCCAUCCUCCUGGCCUUCAUCCUCACCUGGACUCCCUACAACAUCAUGGUGCUUGUCUCCACUUUCUGCUCUGACUGCGUCCCGCUCUCGCUCUGGCACCUGGGCUACUGGCUCUGUUACGUCAACAGCACAGUCAACCCAAUGUGCUACGCCCUCUGCAACAAGACCUUCCGGAAGACCUUCCGCAUGCUGUUACUGUGCCGGUGGAAGAGAAGGGAUGAGGAGAGGCUUUAUUGGGGCGGCCAUAGUUUGGUGAUGGGCAGUAAAGUGACGUGAGACUUCUACUUAUCCAAUUUUGAAUGUCCUGUCUCCCAGGACAUCCAGGCAAAAUAGCUUGACAGUUAUAUCUGUACUCACUGUCAUUGUGAGAGUCGUGAAAGUGAAAGCAAAGAGGACCAGCAAGUACACUGCCACUCAUGCUGCCUUUCCGAAGGCUGAGACUGUUCUGCUGUCAUCAACAGGGGAAGUAAUCCAUAAUUUGGUGUGGAACCAGUGUUUUGGCAAUUUGUUUUAUUAUUUCAAGAAGGGAGAACAGUAGGAAAAUACCAUGUUCACAAAAUGACCUGUAUACAUUUCACAAUCCUCAGGUACCAAAUCUCAUGACAGUAUAUACCUUAAAUACCAUUUCUAUCUGAAAAAUGGAAUCAAGGAUCAGUGGUACUGUUUGUACAUUUUUCUAGUUAUUUAACUUUACUAUACUAUUUUUGAUUAAUAGUAUUUAAAUGCAGGAAUAAUGCCUAUGGCAUUAUUUCUGGAACAUUGCAGUUAAUGUACAAUUACUUUCUAUUU